AUCAUUUUACAUCCAAGAAGGAAUCAGAUGACGAUGGGAGCAAACCAAAAGGUACAAGAGAUCAAUGUAAAACUAAUAAAUGUAAGCGUAAGUCAGAAAUUAAAUCGAAAUCUGAAUCUUGGUAUAUGUAUAUGUAUUAGAGGUUGAAAAAACAGAAGUCGUCAUAGAUCGUGAGUGUUUUAAUUAUUAAUAUGUAUUGAUAUUUCAGUUGGAAAAGAGGACAACAUGGCAGCUGAUGAAAACGUGGCUGCUGCUGACAACGGUUCCCCAGGUGAGGGAAAAAAUGAGGCUUUAUCAGAUUUUUUCUAUGAUAGUAACGAUCAGUGACACAACAACCCGAACCGAGAUUUGUAAACUAUGAUGAGCAAGCCAAAUAAUCUUGGUUAUCAACCGCACUAUCACAAGUUUAGAGAAAGAAUUGUACCUGCGAAUGAUGGACUGGCUUUUUAUCCGUAAUCACGAUAUAAAAAUAUGGAGCAUACGAGGAAAUUAUAGAAGACACAAAUACGUGACAAAACUUGAAAGUGAGAAUUUUUUUCCCUGUCAUUUCUUAAACAGACAACACUGAGGCUACCUCUGGUUAUGAGGCACUGGAUUCCAACAAUGCCUCUUCAGUUGGUAAGUCAGGAAACUAGUUGAAAUUAUUUAAGUCUCGAAGAUGCUGAGCCGUGUUAAGUAAAAUUUACACAGAUCUUUUUUUCUGCACAAGACUGGUAGGCGUUCUUAACUAAGAUUUUUGGCACCGAGACGAAGGCAAAACUCGUAAAAACUCAAGAGAACAUUUAUAUACUAACAAAACGAACAUGGAGUAGUUUGAAAGAUCGGCCGUGAGAAAUGAUGAUGUCAACAAUCACAUUUCUGAACAUCGUCGUCUAAAAAACCACAAUAUUGAUUGGGACUUUGCAAGAUGUUUAACCCAUAGCAUGAAUUAAGUUAUACGACGGACUUUCGGGAGCUGGAUUACCUACUUGAGGCAGAUUCUUCCCAACAGAAGAGUAAAAAUCAAAAGAGUGAGUGGAACACAAAAAACCACGACGGGUCACGGUCACUCUGACGAAGGGCUAACACUCGAAACGUCGGCUUUGAAAUGCUUGAAACGGUGAAAUUACCCUGUUAUACUCUCCCACCGACGCGGCAGUACAGUUCCUUUAGAAACCUACCCCCUUAAUUACAGGUCACAAGUCAUUAUAUUAUUAUCAUCACCCGUUUCAUUUUAGUUAUCAAAGAGACACAAGUUGAGGCAGCUGAAGGAAACGAGGACUUUCCUUUCAACAACUCAUCAGGUGAGAAUCGAUCGUUGCUCAGCUUUUUUGUAUGUGCCAUAACACAAGAACUUGCAUUGGAAGAGUUUGUCAACAAACAGGGUAAAUUAUAUCAUUAAACAUACUAAGACCUUUUUCAUCCAACCCUAAGGGUUUUCGCUCUAAUCCUUAUGCAUCUUCUUUCUCUCAUUCCAAUCAAUAUCGUCACCAAAUUUAGCGUUUUUAAACACUUGCACCAAAUUAAAGCCCAAAAACGUGAACAACUUAUCGGUCCUCACUCAUCACUUGAAAGCCUCAAAACUGUUGUUACCAAUCCAGAAAAUCUUCCACUUUCCGACUUAGGGCUAGAAAUCCGUCCACACUAAGGGCUUAAAUUUUAUUACCAUUUUCAAAACCAUUGACGAAAUUUUAGUUAAGCAAAACGUCGAAAAAUUUCUUCGCGCGUUCAAUUUCAUAAAGCCUUUUUCCAUGACAAAGAGGGUGAUUCUAACAGAUUAGAAAUCGGUACGGUUGUCCAUUGGGAUGCCAAAACAGAUAUUCCACUUCAUCAUGGGUCACUAAAAUGGAAAAUUGGUUCAGUUGUGACACGCGCAAAAGAUAUCUUACAUAUCUUCGUUAUAAUUUCAGAGAACAAAACUUCAGAUGAUAAAGAUAUGGAUCUAGACGACGACCCCUUAGUAGGUAAGUGAGAAGACUAACGUGUUCCACAAGACGUAAGAUAAGACAAUCUGUAGUCAUCUACUGUCCUUCUUACACUCGGAACAAUUCAACCGUAGCUAGUAGAACGCUUUACGAUUGAGUGUCGUAAAAGCGAAACUAAAGCAGCAAGUCACGAAAAGGAAUUACUGCAAGGAGCCGAUGAGAAAUUUAAGUGGAAACAAGGAAACUGCGCAUACCUGAUGCGCAGGAAAACAAGAGCGACCCAGCCGCAAUUCAACUUGUUAUAUUUUUUAUGGAGGGUAAGUUUCUAAAGAAACUGUGGUGCUGCGUCGGUGAGGGAAUAUAACAAUAUAAUAUUUGGUUUUAUCAACUGAGUUGAUAAUGUAAAAUUUGCUACCGCAAAAAGUUUCAAAGCUGACGUUUCGAGCGUUAGCCCAGUUCGUCAAAGAGAAUGACAAAGGCUAACGCUCCAAAAGUCAGCUUUGAACUCUCUAUGGUGGCCAAUUUACGUUAUCAACUCAGUUGAUAAUACUACAUUACCUAGUUCUAGUGUGAAAUCUGACUGACUGCGUGAGAAGCGCGAGUUUUUGAGCAAUCCUUAAGCGAAAGGAAAAUCAAAGCAAUCCAAGGUUAUUCUCUACAUUCAGUUGGAAAUUUCUCUGUCGGAACGUUGCUGAAGAUGAAUCAAGAGUUUGAACUGAUUUGGUGUAAAUUGUCCAUCUCCCGUCUAAUAGAACGAAGUUGUUGAAAGGAAAGUGAAUCUUUUUCCGAGAGUAACUUUGAUCACCAUUCUACUGCGCGAGAAAACAUAGUCGCACUAGCCUUUCUUAAAAAAAAAAGAUCUAUUGAAAAAGUGACGCACGUGUCUUGAAAUACUCAUGUGAUGGAACGCUAUGAACAGCAUCUGCAAGAAUGGCAAAAGAGGGCAUGGUAACGAAUCUUGCAAUCUGAUUGGUUUUUUACCCGGUCAGUAUUUUCCUAGCUCUGCCCACGGGCAACGGUUACGCUUUCGCGAGUCGCCGAGUACAUUCCUACUUUCCUUGCCAUUUUUUUAUAAAUAUAUCUCGUUUUGCCAGCUGGGCAGUAUUUGAAGCAAAGACGUCGGUCACUACCUCAAGCCGAUAAAUAACUUAUUAAUCCUCUCUUUUCUCUCUCUCAAAUCACUUCGGUUGACAGAAAAAUAUCGGUUUAAGAAUGAAUUGUAUAAGCAAUAAUGUCAUUACGUUGGUUGACAAGCGGCCUAAAAACCGCCUGCAAUUAAUUUUAAUCGUUCGGGUAUUGUAAGUAAUUAGUCAUAACGAGUAAUAUUCCGGUGUUUCCUGUAUUUUUAGUGAGAGCAAGGGAUUGUUUUCAGCAAGGUAACAAAGAAUACAGACAAGGAGAUUUUCAUAGAGCGCUACAACUGUACACUGAAGGACUUCAACUAAACUGCAAAGAUAAUCGGCUGACAGCCAGACUCUACAAUAACAGGGCAGCAGCUCAUUUCCGUUUAGGUAUGGAAUUUCAACGUUCAAUUAUUUAUAGUUUACUUAAAAGUUCUUCUUCAAAGAGUCAUGCUAAUUAUGCUAAUUUUUCUGGUCGUUUAUCUAUCACUCCAAAUGAGUUAAAGGACAUCCAGUAAUAUAACGGCUACUUAAGAUAAAGACUCCAAAUCUUGUGACCUAUAAUGAACCGAAAUCCCCGAGAAGAGCUUUAUAUCACUCACGACCAUCUUUAAUUUAACUUCGAGCGUUCAAGUUCAAGUUUUAGGUCCUAAUGGUAAAAAAGGGGAAAAUAAAUAAACCAAUCCCGUUAUCACCUGCACUUCCCAUAUGUAUUCUCCCCACCAAACCCUCCCUCCUCCCCCAACCGCGUUAUCGAAGGUUAUACGAGGGGGCCCAAGUCUUUCCAAGGUGAAAGAAAACCUCCAAUUAGUUGUAAAGAGUCCUGUUGAAAGGGAGUGGGUUACUCUUUUUGCAAUUCUAUCGAACGCAAAUGACCGGUUAGCUCUAAAUCCCUCCUUUAGAAAACUUUGAAAACAGCCUAGAUGAUGCCACAGUUGCUGUACAAUUGGAGCCAACUUUCAUCAAAGCCUUGGAGAAAGGUGAGUUUAAUUUUAGUCGCCAUUCAGUGGCGAUAGCUCCCUGGCUACGUACGUUGAAGUAGAUGUUUCUGGAUCAAAUCUACGCGGUCACGCACCAUAAAUCUUCAUUUGUGAAUUGAAAAUGCCAAUAUUUUGGCUUCUCAAAGAAGGCACUUAGCUAUUUAUCACUAAUCCUUUUUUUUAUAGGAGCUGAAGCUUGUGUGCAGCUUAAGUUGUAUGAUGAAGCAAAGAUCUGGUGUCAUAAAGGAUUGGCCGUAUCCUUUGAAAAAUACAUUCGUUUCUAAGACGUAAAAAAACUCCAGUGAUUACCACUUUAAGCUUAACUCAAGAAAAUCUAGUGCAAAUUUAAGACGUCCAAUGAUUUUCAAAUUUUUCAAUUUUGAUUUAAAAGCUGAAUUUUCGGUGGUCUCUAGCUGUCAGUUUCAGUCACUUUUCUCGGUGAAAUAUGAGUAUGAUUUAUGUUAAUGCCAUUAAAACCAGUUCUUACACCAUUUCCUGCUAACAACGCAAACGAUAUAACCCGAAAUAACUAACGACAAAUAGUAAAAGACUUUCCCAAGAUGAUAUAUUACUGUAGAAUGGAUAUGAUCGUACGAUGCAGCUAUUUAUGAUGCCAAACACUGACAGCUGUUAAUGUCUUUUCCAAAAGGCAACGCGACGAAAGGCACUGCUUGUUGUCGUUGAGAAUCUGACAUGCGAAAGAAAAUUCUAUCUUAUCAGCAGCCUCGCUAAGAUUCAUGUUUGUUUGUCCAGUUUUUCACACGUUAAUGAUCCGAACUUGUUAUUCAAACAAAUUGACAGGCUGCGAGCGGACGUUUCAAAUUCCCCAGUAUUUUACAAAUGUACACGAGGAAGAGGCAGUCAGCGUUUCGAGCUCAUUAUUAUCAUUAUUAUCUGUCCUUCCCCUUCUCUCUCUCUCUCCUAACGGAAUCAAGCCUCUCCCUCUGGUGACCAGUAAUUGUAAUGCGUUGUAUUAAAUUGCAUCUUGCUUACUUUCAUUGUUUUGAAAUCUUUUAGUUCCUCGAGAACAUAGCUAUUUCGGGGGCGUUUCCAAUAUCAUCUUAUCUGCCCUCUUAACUCGGCACCAGGUCUCGGAAAGGGACAGCGAGCAAGUUAACUAUCCAGUCACUGUAUCCUCCCCCAUUUUGAGAUAAAAACGAUGCUGCUGAAUAAAUAAUGAUAUCAAUUACAAAUGAAAUGUAUAAAUCCAACUGUUUCAAAAGGUCAUCACACUCAGUGAAAAACCAAGUGAGCUUGAAGGAAAAAUGUGUUUACGCAGAGUCACGACUUGAACGCUUUGUUCGAUCUCUCUCUCUCUGGUCCAUUAAAGGCAAUCUUUUUCUCCUUUUGCCAAUUUCGACACUGUAGAUCUCCUCUUCGUGGCUAUACACCUCGUUAAGUUCUUGAUCUUCUGUCGUUCCUGGUCUCUUAUCCCGUCUACAUCAAAAGGUUCCCUUUGGAUCGUGCACACGCGUUACACUGGGUCGUUGUAGUAAUUAGGAUCUUUUAAUCUCCUUGUCAUCAUGAUUCUUGCGUUUUCACAGUUUUAUCGCAAUAUCUUAUGAUUUGUUCAGGAAUGUUAUCGAAAACCAAAGCCUCCUCAGCUGUUUUCCUUCCUUUCUUAAACGGCUUGGUCCAACCUUCAUCAACAUUUAUUUCCUUUUUGUCUGGCUAUUACGGUUGUAUCUAAUCGUCUUUCUUAGUCUGUGUGACGAUAAAAGCCAUAAUCCACUCGAUUUCCUUCAGAGCUCGUUAUUGGUGGUCCCUUAAUUGCUCUUAAAUUGAAAAGACUUUGAAACUUCUUGUCAGUCAUGAUUGCCCUUUUCCUUGUGUCCCACCGAAACAUAACAUAAUCCUUAAUUAUUCAACCUUGUAGAUUACAUUUUUUUUACUCAGUAGUCUUUGGAACGCUGCUCUUUUACGAACGUUGUUUUUUUUUCUUGAAGUGAAUGGAUACGGUUUCACUUCGUUAAAAUUAAUGUAAAAGAGCAUGGAGUAACAAGUAAGGGACCAAUAUUUUAGGCAAGGCGAACAAUUAGAAAUGAAAAAAGGGGGUAAGUUUCCAAAGAAACUGUGGUGCUGUGUCGGUGGGAGAGUAUAGCAGGUAAUUUAGUGUUAACAACUGAGUUGGAAACGUAAAUUGGCCACCGUAAAGAGUAAAAAGGCUGAAAAAUUAAAAAAUCUGACAAGUGUGCGACUUAAUCGAAUUACUGUGUGAACUGCAAAGCAAAGUUAUCAAGAUUGACAAUUCUGUAAGAAAGGUGCUUUCGUCGAGUUCUCAAAAGCCGAAAAGGCACUCUGCAGGUAGAAGUCUUGCAGUGUCUAAGAGACUUUCUCCUAAAAACUGGAUGAAACACCCUCCCUAAGCAUUCCACCUUUCCUCUCAGCAGUGUCAUUUGACUUAACGCAUUGAAGAUGGACGAUAAUAGUAAAAAGUUGCGUCAUCUAUUAAACAAGUGUGGUAGUGAGACAAUCGCAUCCGGCGAGAUAAAGCCACAGCAAGUAAAGGUAAAUCUGACAACCAUUACCUGAAUUUUUUUUUUAAAUAGAACUGAAUAGGCAACCAGAAACUAUAAAGAGGUUAAAACGUGCAUCUCGAGUUCACAGGUCUUGGUCGAGGGGCCAGUAACGAAAAUCACGAAAUUCUAUUGCUUAAUCGUUACGACCGCAGGGGCCAAUAUUUUUCCAGUACUCACUCAAAUAAAAUCAUCAAAACGGGGUUAGCAAAAUCCGGAAGUCUUCUAAAAUAUACGUACGUUCUAAAGAUUAUAAAUCGAAAAAUUCUUAUGGCUAGAACAAAAGCCUAGCUCUCUGUCUCUGUAUUUUCUUUGGAGUCUAGUCACUUUCACAAACUUAAGAACCUCGUUGAAAAUCCACAUCCAGGAAGGAAUUCAGAGGAAUUCUGUGCGAGUGGUUCUCAUGGCCCAAUUACAGAGGUCUAAUAGGGAAAAUACAUAUCUCUGGCCUUUUUUAAAGACCUCGUUCGAACCUAAAACUUAGGGUCUAAAUAAGUGCGUAAUAAAACUUAGCGACAUAUUUCCAAACCAUAAGGGAAACUCAAACCAGGAAAGGAGAUGAACUUUAUUCGUUUGUUUGAUCGCGACAUUUGUACUGCAAUACUGCUAGUCUUCAUUGGGCAGUGAGGUCGCUUGUUUACGUGUCGCAAUUUGUAGCGCGUUGCUUCGUUGCUAUUGGUGCAUUUCGAUCCUCAUUAUUAUUCCGGUUGUUAAAUGGUGUUCCCCCAUAGGUCCUCAUUAAUCGGCUGUUGUGGUGUCUGAUCGUCGAAUAGACAAUUAACAAUACCACGCUUCACUGACUGAGGUUGGUGGGUGAAUCCCCCCCUGGUGCACACGUAGGGUUAAAGAGGCUAUCCAUAUAAGACUUCAUCUCAACAACAUCAGUGGAGAUAGUGGAAUCGAAAUUCACGAAGCUUGGAUACUCACGAUCAAACAACACAAUAGCCGAUCAAAGAGGACCUAUGAGGGAACACCAUCUAACAACCGGAAUACUAAUGAGGAUCGAAAUGCACCAAUAGCAGCCGACUAACGUGCUACAAAUGGCUUAAGGAGUAAGUUGGCCACCGUACAGAGUUAAAAGGCAUACGUUCAGAGCGUCAGAGCAAUGAAGACUAGCAGCAUUGCAGUGGAAUCGUCCCGAUCAACAUCCAAAGUGACACUACCGUGAAACAAAGGAAUUAAUUUCAUCUUUUAUCUUACACCACGAUGAAAAAAAAACUUAUUUUAUUACAUCAAACCAGGAAGUAGAAAUUGCCAAAGAUCUGGGAGACAAGACUGGAGAAGGAAGGAGUUAUGGCAACCUUGGCAAUGCUUAUCUUGGUCUAGGACAGUUCAAAACAGCCAUCGACUACCAUAAACAACAUCUAGAAAUUGCCAAAGAAGUGGGAGACAAGGCUGGAGAAGGAACGAGUUAUGGCAACCUUGGCAGUGCUUAUGGUAGUUUAGGACAGUUCAAAACAGCCAUCGACUACCAUAAACAACAUCUAGAAAUUGCCAAAGAAGUGGGAGACAAGGCUGGAGAAGGAAGGAGUUAUGGCAACCUUGGCAAUGCUUAUCUUGGUCUAGGACAGUUCAAAACAGCCAUCGACUACCAUAAACAACAUCUAGAAAUUGCCAAAGAAGUGGGAGACAAGGCUGGAGAAGGAAGGAGUUAUGGCAACCUUGGCAGUGAUUAUCAUGGUCUAGGACAGUUCAAAACAGCCAUCGACUACCAUAAACAAGAUCUAGAAAUUGCCAAAGAAGUGGGAGACAAGGCUGGAGAAGGAAGGAGUUAUGGCAACCUUGGCAGUGCUUAUGGUAGUUUAGGACAGUUCAAAACAGCCAUCGACUACCAUAAACAACAUCUAGAAAUUGCCAAAGAAGUGGGAGACAAGGCUGGAGAAGGAACGAGUUAUGGCAACCUUGGCAGUGCUUAUGGUAGUUUAGGACAGUUCAAAACAGCCAUCGACUACCAUAAACAACAUCUAGAAAUUGCCAAAGAAGUGGGAGACAAGGCUGGAGAAGGAAUGAGUUAUGGCAACCUUGGCAGUUCUUAUCAUUGUCUAGGACAGUUCAAAACAGCCAUCGACUACCAUAAACAACAUCUAGAAAUUGCCAAAGAAGUGGGAGACAAGGCUGGAGAAGGAACGAGUUAUGGCAACCUUGGCAAUGCUUAUGGUAGUCUAGGACAGUUCAAAACAGCCAUCGAGUACCAUAAACGUCAUCUAGAAAUUGCCAAAGAAGUGGGAGACAAGGCUGGAGAAGGAACGAGUUAUGGCAACCUUGGCAAUGCUUAUGAUAGUCUAGGACAGUUCAAAACAGCCAUCGAGUACCAUAAACGUCAUCUAGAAAUUGCCAAAGAAGUGGGAGACAAGGCUGGAGAAGGAAGGAGUUAUGGCAACCUUGGCAAUGCUUAUCUUGGUCUAGGGCAGUUCAAAACAGCCAUGGAGUACUAUAAACGUGCUUUAGAAAUUACCAAAGAAGUGGGAGACAAGGCUGGAGAAGGAAAGAGUUAUGGCAACCUUGGCAAUGCUUAUCAUAGUCUAGGACAGUUCAAAACAGCCAUCGACUACCAUAAACAACAUCUAGAAAUUGCCAAAGAAGUGGGAGACAAGGCUGGAGAAGGAAGGAGUUAUGGCAAUCUUGGCAGUGCUUAUCGUCGUCUGGGACAGUUCAAAACAGCCAUCGACUACCAUAUACAACAUCUAGAAAUUGCCAAAGAAGUGGGAGACAAGGCUGGAGAAGGAAGGAGUUAUGGCAACCUUGGCAGUGCUUAUCAUUGUCUAGGACAGUUCAAAACAGCCAUCGACUACCAUAAACAAGAUCUAGAAAUUGCCAAAGAAGUGGGAGACAAGGCUGGAGAAGGAAGGAGUUAUGGCAACCUUGGCAUUGCUUAUGGUAGUUUAGGACAGUUCAAAACAGCCAUCUACUACCAUAAACAAGAUCUAGAAAUUGCCAAAGAAGUGGGAGACAAGGCUGGAGAAGGAACGAGUUAUGGCAACCUUGGCAGUGCUUAUCGUUGUCUAGGACAGUUCAAAACAGCCAUCGACUACCAUAAACAACAUCUAGAAAUUGCCAAAGAAGUGGGAGACAAGGCUGGAGAAGGAACGAGUUAUGGCAACCUUGGCAGUGCUUAUCAUUGUCUAGGACAGUUCAAAACAGCCAUCGACUACCAUAAACAACAUCUAGAAAUUGCCAAAGAAGUGGGAGACAAGGCUGGAGAAGGAACGAGUUAUGGCAACCUUGGCAGUGCUUAUCAUGGUCUAGGACAGUUCAAAACAGCCAUCGACUACCAUAAACAAGAUCUAGAAAUUGCCAAAGAAGUGGGAGACAAGGCUGGAGAAGGAACGAGUUAUGGCAACCUUGGCAGUGCUUAUGGUAGAUUAGGACAGUUCAAAACAGCCAUCGACUACCAUAAACAACAUCUAGAAAUUGCCAAAGAAGUGGGAGACAAGGCUGGAGAAGGAAUGAGUUAUGGCAACCUUGGCAGUGCUUAUGGUAGAUUAGGACAGUUCAAAACAGCCAUCGACUACCAUAAACAAGAUCUAGAAAUUGCCAAAGAAGUGGGAGACAAGGAUGGGAUUGCCCAGGCUCUUUGUAGUCUUGCUACAAAUUUUGAAAGGCUUGAAUGUCUCCAAACCGCCCUCGACUAUUAUAUUUCUAGUAGAGAGAUUUUCAAUAACGUUCGGGCUAGUUUUCUGUUGCACCAUAACUGGAAGAUUUCGUAUCGAAAUGUUCACAAAACAGCAUACAAUGGUGUUUGGCGCGUACUUUUACUCAAGGGUGAACACGUUAAAGCUCUUCUCGCUGCCGAGGAGGGACGUGCACAAGCUCUAAGAGAUAUCGUGGAUUUAAAGUAUAGCUUUCGACAAACCCUCACGUGGUCGAACUCUAGGAAAUGCUCUGAUUGUCUUUCAUUAAGAAACGUUUCAUCGGAUGUAGUUUUCCUAGCAAUUACUGGACCUUACAUUGCUUUGUGGACUAUUCGGAACGGGGAAGUCGUUCAAUCGAGAAUAAAGCAUGUGAACAACUUUCUUUACCAACGUGAAUUAGAAGUUUACAUUACCUCUUUGAAUAAGGCUGCUUCCUUGCAAGUUAGUGCAAGGGCUGCUGUUGAAUGGGAAAAAAGUUCAACUCAAGUGGGCCGAGAUGAAAAAGGAACGAGCGAUGGUUCUCCGCGAAACGCGACGACAAAUGCCCUGCGGAAGCUUUAUGAUAUCAUAGUUGCUCCUAUCGCAGAUCUGAUUGAUGGAGAUGAGCUUGUAUUUGUUCCUGAAGGUCCACUUUGCUUGGUGCCCUAUGCAGCAUUGGUGGAUUCGAAUUCAAGGUAUCUGUGCGAAUCUUUCAGGAUUUGA